UUCUUCUCAGCUGCCGAGCUUGCGCCGCUCCGGAUCAAAAGCGGCGGUGGGGAUCGCGUGCAGCAGCCACCGGCUGUCGGAAGGAUGAGAGUCGCCGGUGAUGUGCUUGUGCGGAGGCCUCGCGGAGGACAACGCUAGGAUCAUCCUCCUCGCGGUUGUCCUGGCGACGUACAUGCUCGUGGGCGCAGCCCUCUUCCAACGGCUGGAAAGUGAUCUUGAGAUACGACAGGCAGCGGAAUUCUGGCGGGUCUACCACGCAUUUCGAAGACACCACUUGCGGGGCAGUCCCUUGGCCCUGCAGAGGCUGCACGAGUUGCUGUACGCCUACGGCAACGCUUCCGCCACCGGCAUCAUCAAUAAGAGGCGCCGCUGGGAUUUUCCUGGUAGCUUUCACUUCGUGGGCACCAUAGUUUCUACGAUCGGGUACGGGAGCACCGCGCCCCAGACCACGGCGGGUAAAGCGGCCGUUGUUCUCUAUGGUUUCUUCGGUUGUUCCGGUGGCAUCUUGUUCUUUAAUUUGUUCCUGGAGAGGAUCAUCACUUUCCUGGCGUGGAUCCUGCGGAGCUGGCACGUACGACGGCUGAGGAGGCGCCUUCGCAGGGCUACAUCGACAUCUCGGAAGGUCUCCAAGUCAUCAAACAGUCAGCGAUCAACCCUGCCAGAUAUUCUCGACGACGACGACCACGUGGAUCUGGACCAAUGGAAACCGAGCGUGUACUGGGUCAUGCUCUACUUGUCCGCGACCUCCUGCAUCAUCGCUUGUUGCGCCGCUGCGCUUUACGCGUCGCUAGAGAGUUGGGAUUAUUUCGACGCGCUGUAUUUCGCUUUCGUAAGCUUUACCACCAUCGGCUUCGGCGACUUCGUCAGCACGCAAAAGCCAAGCUAUCCUUACGUACACUGGUACAGAUUUGCGAAUUUCGUCUUUCUGGUGGUGGGAUGCUGCUGCAUAUACUCGCUGUUGAACGUCACGUCGAUCGUGAUAAAACAGGGCCUGAAUUACGUGAUACACAAGCUGCAGUACGGUAAUAAGGAUGUGGCGGCGCAGUAUCUGCCACGGAGGCAGUCCUCGGUGUCAGCGAUUUACCACUCGAAGAGGAGGUCGACGAGGCUCGUCAGCAGAGACUCGAUCAGGGCGGAAGAUGCCGUGGAGACACCCAGGCGGAUGUCCGGCGAGCUGAUCUGCAUGAAGGACUUCAUGUCCGCCAAUAAAGUCUCCCUGGCGGUGAUGCAGAAGCAGUUGUACGACGCCGCGCAGAAGCAACGGGGCGGCGGUACGCUCGUCGCUACGCCGAAUCAAGUCUUGAGGCCCGGAGCGGUGGGCCCGCUCGCGAUCGCUAGCGAGAAGUUUGAAAGUAAAACUACGAUAAACAGAUAGAAGAGUUAGAAGCAAAGUAGAGGCUACUGAGAAUAUAGUAUUGUAUAACAACGCGUUCCGCAGUCGCGAUUUUCAGACGAGUAUUAUGUAGCGAAAUUUGAAAAUAAUUUGGCAAUCGUAAGGCAAUCGCUGAACUCAAAGACGACUUCCUGGAGCGAAUGCCGUAAAACUGACGUAGAUAUUACUACUACGAAAUAUUUGAUCUCCAGGACUUCUUCGUGUCGUUAAGCUUGCCUUACGGUUCCUGCGGCGCCUGGAUGUUCAACGUGUAAUAAAUGUUGCGCUCGUCGUAUCGCUCAUCGAAUAACUUUAUUUAAGUCACGUUUACAGUACAGUCCUCCAUGUACUCAAACGACAUCGACAAAACAUGCAAUCUUCUGUCUUCGUAAUCGCGAUAAUGUAUGUCGUGUAUACGCCGCGUAAAUGUGUAAAAUAAAAGUUCUCAACGCGU